AUGGAUCCUUUUGAAGCUCGCAUUUAUUUUGCUAAACAGCUUGUCGCUCUAACGCCUUCCAAGGUGGCAGCCCAAGAGCUCAUCCGUUUCCUUAUACACUAUUCGGGCAUCCAGAACGACUUGUAUCCUGCUGUCCUUGAAACUCUUCAUAAAGUGGACCUGAACUAUCGUAUCAAUAUCCUUCAAUUUCUUAAUGAUUUAAUUUCUACUCUGGUUCUUGAUCCAAAGCAUUUCUCUACCAUAUCUCCUGCUUACGGUUAUGUCAGACUCACUGUUAACCAGCUGCCGUCAAUAUUAGCUCAAGUGCUACCUCGGAAACCGGAUCCGGAUUCUAUUGUUUCUAUGGAUCCAAAGCAGCUCGAAGAAAUGCGAUGCCUUACAAACCUCAGGGCCUCCUACUCAAUUUUGAUCGAUAUCUCUAAGUUACUCCAGUUUCCCGACUUGGAAACCUAUGUCGACCAAUUCGAUGCUACGUUACUCACCCAAACUGAUGUACAAAGUAUUAAGCAGGAUAAAACUUUCGAUGAGGCAUAUAUAUACGAAACCGUCGCUAAUAGAAAACCGAUUGAUCAACCUGAAUUGGUUCCUCUUCUGCAUCAGGAGAAGAUGUUCAUAGAACCUCUCACUGAUAGCUGGAAGUUCAUACUGGCCAAGAAGAGGCAGAGUCAAUAUGAACGAGUGAUGAUAGAUACUCAUCCUGGUAGACUCAAAGACUCUGAUUUCUUAUCAACUAUCUCCACAGUACCUUCUGAUCACCGUAAUCCAUUACUACUUUCUCAAAAGCAGAUCCUUCAGCGUAUGGAGGCAGAUAGAGAGCGUCAGAAAAAGGGAAAAGAGACUUUAUGGAGAGUACGCCGGCCAACCAACGAGGUGUCCAUGCCGGAGUUCCAACAUAUAUGGCACAGUUUGGACAAAUACGAUCUUAAAGCUGACCGAGCUUUGCUGGACGAGCUCAACGGAUUGUACAACGUUUGUAAGACUCCGGAUGUAUCUGACUCAAGUGCUCAUCACCGUAGACACCUACCUCCGAAUCAUAGGCCUCGCGGAGGUAGACGAGGAGGGGCGAAUUCCAACGUUGUUUCUAGGCACAGGGCCGAAUGA